AUGGGCCAGCAACUCGGACGUGAGGAAGAUGGGCCAGGCUUAGCGGAGCGCACUACCGGCACGAACCAUCGCCGGACUACGGCCUUGGCUGGACUGCAGCGCGAUCCGCUAGCUUCGUCACGCAAAAGUACGUCUGCCUCGGCUGCUCGGUCGGGCGGUAGCACCACGUCGAAAAAGGCUCAUGCCAUCUCGUCGCAGACGCGUGUGGACCAGGGGUACGUUGUACCACAAGGCAUCUACCGGAAAAAGGCCGAGUAUGAAGACGACCUUGUACGAAAGCUCAUUGUCGAGCGCAAACUCUCUCCGUUCUUCCGUGGCGUAGAAGAAGAGGACGAGAUGGAGCAGGACACAAUCGGGCAUGAGUGCCCCAUUUGUUUUAUGCCGAUCUGUACUGAGUGCUUUGUCCAGAUCCAGCGUGUCGAUCCGGCGAAAAGCAAGCCGCCGGCGUCCGAGCCGGCGGCCUGUCCUUUCUGCAUGACGCCCAACUUUGGCGUGGUUUAUAAUAGUGCCUCGACAAGCCAGGGCGAUGCAAAGGAUGCCAUCGAAGCUGCUGCGACGGCUAUUGGCCGUGGCGGUGCACAGUCCUCACAGCGCGUGUCGUACGAACCUGACGAUCCUGCUGUCGUGCUUGUCGACCAAAUUCAUCCGAACUGGAAAGAGAAGCUGGAACGUGCCCUCGCUACGUCGGCACGCCAGGCGAAUCGUCGCGUCAUUAUGCGGCAAGAUGGAGAAAGACUAGUACCGAUUGGCGUCUCGUCGUCCCUGACUGGCGAUGCCUUGGCGCAGUUUGUCGAUCAACAUUCUGAAGUCGGCCACAGCGGGCCAGGUGGCAGUAUCAUUCUGCAUGGCGACGUGCUGGAACAGCAGAUUCAACAGCGAUUGAAUAACGAGUCCGAACGUGUGCAAUUCCGGCGUGCUAUGGACCGCCGCAACCCUGAAAUUGGCGACGAGUUGGCACGUACGCUGUCAUCCUUUACGCCACGGGAACUGGAAGAGAUGAUGGUGCGUGAGACGAUGCGGAUUAGCCGGAUGGAGUACGAGCAGCAGCAGCAACAACAACAGGAGCAACAAGGCCAAGGCCACGAGCAACGGCAACGAUCACACAGUAUGAGCGAGGCUACGACCUCUAAAUCAUCGAGUCGUCGUUUGUCGUUCCUGCCAAAGAAGAUUGCUCAGAGCGCCCAAUCUAUUAGCACCUCGCCGCUUCGUCUCGCGCAGCUGAACAGAACCACACAGCGUGCGUCGAUGGACAUAUCCUUGCCAUCGUCUUCGUCCCAGACUCCAGAGCCACGGACCAGUAUUGAUGUUGCCUCACUUGCUCGCGAUAAGAAACGUGCUGACUCCAUGCCAACGCAGACGACGCGCGCUACGCUUUCUACACCGACGUCAGCCAAUCCGCUUGCAGCGUCGCAAACCAGUCUGCCGUCGUCUGCGAACGGGGCUACGAUGUCAGGAUCCGUAUCACCUUUGCCGCCUCCAUCAGAGAGCGAAGAGAUGACAGAGACUGCCUCGACGCAGGGUAGUGUGUCCUCAUCGGGGCUCGGCGCUUCGACGUCCAUUGGGCCGUCGAAGAGUACAACCAGCAUGACUGCUCAGUCAGGUCUCUCGCCAGCGUGGGUUCCGUCAUCUGCGCUUUCCACGACAGCAGCACUACCUGCUUCGUCACGGACGACGCCAACGUCGUCCAGCGUGUAUAUGCGUCGCAAAGGAUCCGGCGCUGAGCUGGAAUUGGAGUUACCAGCUGCCACGACAAAAACAUCGCCAGCAUCGUCCACAUACCAACGAAGUGACUCGCCCGCGGCGCUACGGUCUAGUGGUGGACCUACUACGCCUGUGACAACGUCGCAUGCCGCGUCGAGGACCUCGUCGCCCUUUGAAAUGGCAUACACUUCCAUGCUAUCGCCGGCGCAUGCUUCGCCUAUGCCGCAACGCAUGUCGCUUGAUAUGGACCGUGUACCUAGAUCUAACACCUUACCAUGGACGCCAAGUGCCUUGCCGACCAUCGGACAAGGCAAAGUGUUGCCACCGUCGACGUACUCGCCUACUGUGCCGUUAACGCCCACGAUACCAACGCCCCCACCGCCCAUGACUUCAGCAACGCCGAACGAGUCGGUACGUAUGACGCCGACGAUGCGCGACUUGGAGGGUCUCUUUGUUGGUCCUAGUCCUAUAUCUCAAGGGUCUGACGCUACGUCAUCUAUGGUCGCUUCGCCGAGCGUAUCGAGGUUGCGUGGGGAGAGUACAAACCCAUUUCGAGCGCGUUCGCGAACAUUGGACUCCCUUAUGUAG